ACCGCUCAGCUGUGAUUCACUUUGAAAUUACCAAGCACGACAAUAUGCUGCUAUUUGUUACUUUUCUCGCCUUUGCCGGCGCCACAUAUGCUCAACAUCCCUCCGGAAAUCCCAAAGUAUUUGACUAUACAAGUUGUUACUGUUGGAGAUAUGAGGUAUUCUGCAAAACUGAGGAUUCAGACUGGCAAUGGGCUAAGGAUGAGUGUGAAAGCAUGGGCGGUUGGUUAGCAACUAUCGACAAGAAGACGACUCACCAAGAAAUACGAAAACUGAUCCGUGCACAAGCCGACAGUAGGGUUUGCAAUAACUACGGAUUUUGGAUUGGUCUACAUGAUGCUAGUGAUCCAAAAACAUCAAGACAUCAAGGCCAACCUGAGAAGUUUUCGUGGGUGCACGAACAGUGCCACGAUUUUCAGGUCUGGGAAAGUAAUCAACCCAAUGAUAACAAUAAAAAAGACAGUAAUGGACAGAAUUGCGUUCAGUUGUGGCACAGACCAGGUAAAAAAGGUAACUAUGACGAUGAGUAUUGUGGUAAAACUAAGGGAUACAUCUGUCAGUUUGAAGAAGAAUGCCCAUGUAUCAAUCAAGCCGUGGAGUAAGGCGUGCGACAGAAGUAGAUCUUGCGAUGAACAACCCAAACCCAUUCGAUGUUUCCCCAUGCCAAUAGGGCGAAAGAAGUAUCACAGCGUUCAUCUAAUAUAUAAUGCAUGAUUUAGGGAUAUAUUUUCGUAAAGGGAAACUUGAUUCUGGGACAAUUAUACUAUUGACUAAUAUAUUAUAAUACUAUCGAUAUAUAAAACUAUUGCACAUGUUUUUAGGUUGGUUGGAAUAGUAAUAAAAAAAUAUACUGUGAAUA